AUGUCAGCCAUGCGGCUGUUCACGUGUUUCCUGCAGCUGUUGGCCGGUCUGUCCCUACCUGCUGCAUCUCCCCAGGGCUCUGGCACCCAGCCAGGCUGGGACAUUAAAGGGGCCAAGGGGCUCCAUUGGGACUCACCGCCUCAGAACAGCACAGCAGAAGUAGAAGUGCUGCCCUUCCAGGAGGUGUGGGGCCGAAGUUUCUGCCGCUCGCUGGAGAAGCUGGUGGAUGUGUCAACAGAGUACCCAGGGGAAGUGGAGCACAUGUUUAGCCCAUCCUGUGUCUCAUUGCGGCGUUGUACUGGCUGCUGUGGGGAUGAGAACCUCCAUUGUGUGGCUGUGGAGACAACCAACGUCACCAUGCAGCUUCUGAAGAUCAAAUCUGGGGAGCAGCCAUCGUACAUGGAGUUAGCAUUCACUGAGCAUGUGCGGUGUGAGUGCAGGCCCCGGAGGGAGAAGAUGAAGCCAGAAAGGAGGAGACUCAAGGGUAGAGGGAAGAGGAAGAGAGAGAAGCAAAGACCCAGAGACUGUCAUCAGUGUGAAGAUGCUGUUCCCCAAAGGUAACCCAGUGGACCCUGGAGAGAGCAGCCUCUGCCCAGCCUAUAUUUAUUGCCCCUAUCACAAUCUCAAUUACCUCCCUGACCACAGCCCCUCUAUUUAUUAGCCAAAUGUAACCCCCUGCUGAAUGUCUACUUCUCCCUCGGUGGGGAGACUGACCCUCAGGACUUUGGUGCCUUAAGAAGAAAACCAGGCGACUACAGGAGGAUCCAGAGUCGAGGUCAUGGGAUGUACCUAAACACUGAACACUUAACUAUGACUCAGGAGCAGUGGAGGUGGGGCAGGGCUCCCCUCCUCAUCCCAGGAACCUCCAUGGAACCUGGGGCACAGAGGGGAGGAUGGAGUAGAUGAAUCCUUUCCCCCUCCCAUUCUUGCUUCUGAAUGAAACAGGGACCCCUGGGCCCUCCAAGGAGAGAGUAUUCCUUGUCUGAGGUCUAGGCAACGAUCUUUUGACUGAAAGGAAACAACUACUCAUGCCCUCUCUGGAAAGAGUCAGCUGGAGAGGUCUAGCCUGGCCCACUUUUCACAUUGGAAGAGGGUAGGUGAAAAGGAUGCUGGGAAGUGACACCUGAAUUGGGGUGUCUGGGAGAGGACAGCCACCUUUGCUUAGUGGAAGAGGAGAAAACCCUGGCUAGGGUCUCAGGAGAAAAGUUGCUGGAGCAAUUAAGACUUUUCCUAGCAAGUACCCUCCCACCCUGGCAGUCACUCAGAAUCUCAGAGAGCCAAGCCUGGGACAAUUUUGAAGAACAUUGGAUACAAUGGUGUGUAGGGGACUUCCUCUAGUCUCCUAUUUUUCCCAGGACUUUGCAACCCUUUCCCACAACCUGACUGCAGGAAUUUAUCUCCUGGCCUGGGAUGCCACCCCAAAGAGUCCCCCACAUGCCACUCUGUCCCAUUGGAAGUACCAAUGGGUACAAAUGCCAAAAGAAUACAGGCAAAGACAGCCCUUAGCCCUGGGCAUGAUGGUCGAGGUGUAGAAAAAUAUCUGAGGACUCCAAGGAAGAUUCCCUACCCUGCUCUCAGGCUCUCUGGACAGGGCAUUCAGCCCACUGAGGAGCACUGUCAUACACCCAGGCCUUCUGUGAAAUGGGUUGAACAGGUUCCUUUUCAAGGGGGGUUGGGUGGGAGGAAACUGGGAACUUCCUAACUUUGUCACACCAACUUCUUCCUGACCACCAUGUUCAGUGGGCACAGGGAGGCCAAAG